AUGAUUGGCAAUGUUUAUAAGAGCGAUAGCGAUGACGAUGACGAUGCUUUGCAAGAGGCUAUCUAUGCUUCGUUGCUGGAAAAUAAAUAUGAAAAGCAACUAUUUUUCGAUGGCUAUGGUUGCGAAUCGAAAGGAGAUAUGAUAGAGCGGUUACGAGCAGUAUUUGCUAGUAGGGCUAGAGAUUUACAAUGUGAUACGUGGUCGUCAUCAAGUGAAAGCAGCGAUGAAUUUAUCGAAGUGCCAAGUGAAAUACCGAAGGAUUCUUCUAUGAGUACUGAUAAUAGGUCGUAUUUCAAAGGUACACAUGUGUACAAGCCAGGUCAAUUUCAGGAAAAGAAAUCAGUAAAUGAGUUGGUGAAGAUUUUAUUGAUAUUAUGCAUUACAUAUUUGACAUGCAUUUCAUUUCCGGAUUUGUUACGUUUCUGCGGAAUUCCUUUCAUUGUUGCUCCCGGUGAAGCUGAAGCACAAUGUUGUGAACUUGAGAGACUAGGUCUUGUUCAGGGUAUAAUAAGCGACGACUCAGAUGUUUGGUUAUUUGGAGCCUCUGUAGUUUACAAAAAUAUGUUUAAUCAAAAGCGACAACUGCAAAUGUAUUCCAUUAAAACGAUUCAAAAGGAUUUAGGUCUGUCAAGAUGGGAAGCAAUACAAGUGGCUUUGUUAUCCGGUAGUGAUUACACGAAUGGUUUGGAAGGAGUUGGUGUUGUUUCAGCACUAGAACUCGUGUCAGAAUUUGCAACUGUUUCUCAUGAUGCUGAACCGUGGCAAGAGGUUUUUUGUGAUUCAGAUAUUUUGCUUUCAUUUUUAUGGUUUCAGGCAUUUUAUAACUUGGAACGCAUAUCAAGGUGGUUGAAUUCUAAAAUUGUCAACAGUAUGCAGUCGUCCAGUGGUGGCAAAUUUUUUGGUGAUACUAUCGAAGAGACGUUCGUAGAGAAUAAGCGAAGGUGGAAACUAAAACGAUUAAUAGAGAAAAAUAACGAUCUGGAGACUAUAAAAGCGUUUCCUUCUCACGAAAUAUUUAACGCAUAUGCAAGGCCAUUAGUUGAUAGUUCUACUGAGAAACCAAAGUGGCGAAGAAUUGAUAUGGAGAAGUUGCAGUUGUUUGUAUGGGAGAAGCUGGGAUGGGAUAAAGCUGUGCUAGAAAAACAAACGAACCAGUCGUUGACAAAAUGGAAUGAGUACUUAAAUCCAGAUGCUGGUGGAAGCGGACAAUCUUAUCAAAUGCAUAUGACAUCAUUUACUCAUCAACUACAAAAGUCUGAAGCUGAUCAACGAUUGGCUUUAACGUUGCGAGUAAGAACAGCAUUAGAACGAUUAGCCAUUAUCAAAAGUUAG